CCUAAAAUCUCUUUGGCAUUUUGGAUAUGGCGGCCUUGUCCUCUUCGUCGUCCUCCCUCAUCCAAUCCUUCCAGCACGACUGCGGCGGCGAUGAUCCCUCCUUGCGGCGCGGCGCGGCGGUCCUGGGCCUCAGCUCCAUCGCUCGCAUGGGGUGCGCGGCGAGGAAGGGCUUUCUCCUCGCCAGGGUUUCAUCGCACGCCGAGAGCGCCGUAGCGGCCAAGCACCAGGAGGUGCCCAGUGGAUUUACCAGGAGCUGCCGGAUCUCGGAGGAGCUCCAGAGGAUAAUCGGCAAAGAAGAGCUCCCGCGGCCUCAAGUGGUGAAGAGCGUGUGGAACUACAUUCACGAGCACAACCUCCAGGACCCGGCCGACCGGCGAAGCAUCGUGUGCAAUGCGGAUUUGGCUCAAGUUUUGGGCGUGGAGAGGACUGAUAUGUUCCAGCUGAGCCGAUUACUCUCCAGGCAUCUCACAUACACGGGACCAACUGGAGUAUCCAAGCCGAAGCCGCCGAAGUCACCAUCUUCGUCCAGAGGAAGCGGCCUCAGCAAGCCUUUUCGGAUCUCGCAAGCGCUCAAAUCCUUCCUGGCCACGAACGAGACGGAGAUGGUGCGAUCGGACGUGGUGAAGCUCAUGUGGGAUUACAUCAAAGAGCACAACCUCCAGGAUCCAGAGGACAGGAGGCGAGUGAUUUGCGACGCCAAGCUCAAAGAACUACUCCAGUGUGAAUCGCUGCUUGGAAUCGGCAUCACCAAGUACCUCUCACCCCAUUUUCUCAAGGAUUAGAAGGCACAAGAUAAAAGGAAAGAAAGGAAAGUUUUCUUUUGCUCG